AUGCCCGGGACGAUGCCAAGCCAUGCUUCUCUGAACGCAGCUGAUGCGACGCUGGUCAAGGCCAUCUUCCGAAAGGCGGAUGUGGAGCAGACGGGAUACCUAAGUCGGGAAGUCUUCAUGAAGCUGCUCCGGCGCCUGGACCAGAAGAGGUGGACCAACGCGGCCGUUGAGGGGCUGAUGAAGGUCAUCGAUCGAAAUACCGAUGGCCACGUGCAGUACGAGGAGUUCUUGGAGUGGUGUAUGGGCGGCGGAGAUGGGUCGAACGAGGUCCUGACGCUCGCGCGACUCACCAGCUGCAAGAAGGUCACCCCCCUGGUGCGGAAGGAUGCCAUGACCUUCCUGUCACAGCCAGGUCGGAGUGCUCUGUUUCCCGAGCUUUCGGAAGCCCUGCGGGGUGACCCGGAGCUUUGCAAAGUGGCCGUGGGUGAACAUGGCGUUCCCCUGAAGUAUGCGACAGACGCCGUAAAGGAUGACAAGGAUGUGGUGGAGUUCCUCCUGAUGCGCAACUGUCGCAACUUCAGAUAUGCUUCUGAGCGACUGCGCAACGACAAAGCUUUCGCAACGGCAAUGAUCCAGAAGCACUUGACGUACCCGUGGUCCGUUGAGGAUAUCUUCGACCAUGUUUCCCGCGCAAUCACCGGAGACUUCGACAUCAUGCUGAGUGCGGUGCAGCUGCAGCCAAUGGCAUUGCGUUAUGCCACGCCGCAUUUACGAGACAACAAGGACUUAGUUCUGGCAGCAGUUCAGAGCAAACGUUGCACUCGCCACUCCGAUGCGCUCGGAAAGGACUUCUCUGACUGGUUUCCUCGCGAAGAGUUUGCGGGUGACCGGGAAGUCAUGCUUGUUCUUGUCAAGAAGAUGCCGCUGCUGCUCAAGCAGGCCUCGCACAAGCUGAGGGCUGAUCGUCAACUUGUCAGGGUGGCUGUUGAAGGAGAUGGUGAUGCUCUGGAGUUUGCUUCAGAGGACCUGCGCGGUGAUCGUGAGAUUGUUAGCAUAGCCGUGGAGCAUGCCGCGCCGGGCGGCGACGUUCUCAAGUUCGCAUCUGAAUCUCUGCGAGAAGAUUCAGAACUCCAACAUUUGCAAGCCCAGGCGGCCGAGCGCCACGAAGAAUGGUUGGCCCAGCCCGUCAGCCUUGCCGACGCCUCCAACGUGGAUCUUGCCAAAACGCGGGACCUGCUCGCGCUGUUGGAAGAGUGCUCGCGGCCAAACUCACCAGCCUCCCCAGCCUGA